AUGGUGGUCCCCGCGUGGGCAGCAGCGGCAUGGACGUCCUUGACGACAGCGUUGAUCCUCCCUGGAAUCCCGGGCGCUGCAGCCGAGAAUAAGCAAGCGAUAUGCCUCGCAAGGCACUGGAGCGAGGUGGAAGCGGAGUUCAUUCAAUGGCCCGUUUGUGUCGAGUCGCGAUGGGAGCGAACUGGUCCCAGGACCACCCAGGACACGACCGGAUCCCCUGACCAGACCGUUUCGGUAACCAUUUCGGAGGGAGCGCCGAGUAAGACUGCGAUUCCUGCCCCUGAAGGACAACCUGACAAUGAACUUGACACCGAGUCCCCACUCGACAAUUCAAACUUCCUCUCGUUCGAAGAUUGGAAAAAGCAAAACCUGGCGAAGGUGGGCCAGUCGGCUGAGAAUGUCCGCGGAAACAGACAUACGGGUGGGAAAGAGGACCGACGGAGGCCAACGGGGAUCAAUAACGCGCUGGAUUCGUUGGGAGAGGAUGCUGAGAUUGAGCUUGACUUUGGUGGUUUCGGCGCUGAUGCGUCCGACGCGGCGAAGCCUACACCUUGGGGGUCAAGCAUACCUACGGCCGGGAUGCCUGGAGCCGGUGCAGGAGAUGUGGAGGCCGCUGUGCCUGCUGAUCUGCGGAAGGCUGCCUCGCGUGGGAAGGACGCUGGCACGACUUGCAAAGAACGGUUCAACUACGCAUCAUUUGAUUGUGCAGCAACCGUGCUCAAGACGAAUCCUGAAUGUAAAGGGUCAUCAUCUGUCCUGGUCGAGAACAAGGACAGUUAUAUGCUCAAUGAAUGCCGUGCGAAGAACAAGUUCAUCAUCCUUGAAUUGUGCGACGACAUUCUGGUUGAUACUGUCGUUCUUGCCAACUACGAGUUCUUCAGUUCUAUCUUUCAUACCUUCCGUGUGAGCGUCGCUGAUCGGUAUCCGGCCAAGACUGACCAAUGGAGGGAGUUGGGUGUCUACGAAGCGCGGAAUACCCGCGAGAUCCAAGCUUUUGCGGUUGAAAACCCGCUCAUUUGGGCUCGAUAUGUAAAAGUUGAGUUCCUGACACACUAUGGGAAUGAAUUCUACUGCCCUCUCAGUUUGGUCAGAAUCCAUGGAACGACCAUGCUGGAAGAAUAUAAACACGACGGUGAGACUAAUCGUGGCGACGAGGAGGCCGCUGCGGAGGCGCUGGAGCCGAGUCCCCUCCCUCUCCAGCUUGACGUGGAGGACGUCGUGCAGCAGCCUGCAACUACUGUGGCCGUGCUUGAUGAAUCUACCAAUCAACCAACAGUUAUCGUAGAGACGCAGGGAUCCUGUUUCCAUCAGGGGAUGGAGGUUGUCAGACUUCUACAGCAGGGUGUUUCCCCACCUGCGGAUACAUGCGAUAUACGUGCCGCACCAACUGGAGCCGGGAAUGCUGCGGUCAACCAAUCGACUGAGAUCCACCCGAAGGCGAAUGAAGAAGCUACUCCAAGUGCAGAAGCUUCAGCACCUGCCUCUCGGGUUGACCACUCGGAUAAGGGGUCGGUGGGCGGCCAGAAAGUAACGGGGCCUACCGGUGCGAGUCCAGAUUCGGCCUCCUCUACGAUACUAGGUACAGAAACGGUGCGACAUGAUGCGGCACAUGAGUCCGAGAUUAAGUCGGUCAGUUCCCCUAAGGAAGAGUCCAGCAUACCCUCGGAAUCAGUGCGGCCUUCUGGGACGCAGCCCCCAUCCUCGAACCCUACCACCCAAGAGUCUUUCUUUAAGUCCGUCAAUAAAAGGCUGCAGAUGCUAGAGUCCAACUCGACUCUAUCGCUGUUGUAUAUUGAAGAGCAGUCUCGGAUCCUACGGGAUGCAUUUAGCAAGGUUGAAAAACGCCAGCUGGCCAAAACAUCCACGUUCUUGGAGAACUUGAAUGUGACCGUUUUGAACGAGCUGAGGCAGUUUCGCGAACAAUAUGAUCAGGUAUGGAAGAGCGUUGCGCUGGAGUUCGAGCACCAACGUAUCCAGUACCAUCAAGAGAUCCACUCGAUCAGUGCCCAGCUUGGGAUUCUAGCCGAUGAGUUGGUGUUUCAGAAGCGAGUGUCCGUGAUACAGAGUAUUAUGAUUCUCUUCUGCUUCGCCCUCGUCCUCUUUCCGCGCGUCCCGGUGGGCACAUACAUUGAUAUCCCGCGUGUGCAGAAUAUGAUGAAUCGCUCCUAUAGCCUGCGCUCGUCGUCGCCGAUAUUUUUUGGCUCUCCUUCGGCAAGCCCAAGUUCGACACGACCGACGUCGUCGUACCGGGCCACUGGGCGCCAUCGGCGGAAUCUGUCGGAAGACUCGCAAGAACCACUCAGUCCGACCAUUGCCUAUUCUCCCCCGACGCCCACAUCUGACCCGUCUGACCCCGACGAAGCGGACAAAAGGCCGGCCCCUUCUCUGGAUACUGUCAACAUGUCAGACCUAGCGCCGCCGCACUUCCGGUCGCAUAGCAGCCCACCGGCUGCCCCCGCCAAGAUCGAAUCAAUGGAAUACCACAGACAAGUGCUCCAGGGCAAGCUGGAGAGCGGAGACAAGCAACAAGCCAGCUAUGUAUCGCCCUCGGAUGAUAUUAUGAGCCCCUGCUCCAAGAAAUUGAGUGACUUGAAGGGCAAGCGAUUCAAGAAGUACGUUGAACAAUUCGUUGAAAAAGAAUGUAUUCCCGCCGAAAAGCUCUUCCAAGCCCAGCUGGGCGAAGGCGAUCAGCGAUGGGCCACCUACCCAGCCGUUAUGGAAACCCUCAAGACUAAGGCGCGCCAGCAAGGCCUGUGGAACAUGUUCCUGCCUAAGAACCACUACUCCCAGGGCGCUGGAUUCACCAACCUCGAAUACGGUCUGAUGGCCGAGUAUCUGGGAAAGAGCAAGUUGGCCUCGGAGGCCACGAAUAACGCCGCCCCAGACACUGGAAACAUGGAGGUCAUCGCCAAAUACGGCAACGAAGCACAGAAGCAGCAGUGGCUGGCGCCCUUGCUGGACGGCAAGAUCCGCUCGGCCUUCCUCAUGACAGAGCCCGAGGUGGCCUCCAGCGAUGCAACGAACAUCCAGUUGAACAUCCGCCGUGAAGGCAACCAAUACGUCCUCAAUGGAUCGAAAUGGUGGUCCUCCGGCGCAGGCGACCCCCGCUGCAGUAUCUACCUGGUAAUGGGCAAAUCCGACCCAACCAACAAGGACCCCUACCGCCAACAAUCCGUCAUCCUCGUGCCCGCCGACACCCCCGGAAUCACCGUGCACCGCAUGCUUUCCGUGUAUGGUUACGACGACGCCCCCCACGGCCACGGCCACAUUAGCUUCAAGGACGUGCGCGUCCCCGUCUCCAACAUCGUCCUCGGCGAAGGCCGCGGCUUCGAAAUCAUCCAGGGCCGUCUGGGACCCGGCCGGAUCCACCACGCGAUGCGCACGAUCGGAGCUGCCGAGAAGGCGAUCGAGUGGCUCAUCGCACGGAUCAACGACGAGCGUAAGCAGACCUUCGGCAAGAGCCUGUCCUCACAUGGCGUCAUCCUUGAGUGGCUGGCGAAGUCCCGGAUUGAGGUCGACGCUGCUAGACUGAUUGUCCUCAAUGCUGCGAUCAAGAUCGAUCAGGGUGAUGCCAAGUCUGCCCUCAAGGAGAUUGCUCAGGCCAAGGUUCUGGUGCCCCAGACCGCGUUGACGGUCAUUGACCGUGCCGUGCAGGCGUAUGGUGCCGCUGGUGUGUGCCAGGAUACGCCGUUGGCCAAUCUGUGGGCCAUGAUUCGGACGCUGCGGAUUGCGGACGGUCCGGAUGAGGUGCACUUGCAGCAACUCGGCAAGAGGGAAAACCGGGCUCGCAAGGAUGCGGUCAUUGAGAAGUUGGAUUGGCAGCGGGCUGAGGCGGAGCGGUUGUUGGCGGCUAGUGGGCUUAAACUGAAGAGUCAUUUGUAA